AUGUCGGCGCUGAUGGCCGCCCUGCGCGCCGCCGGCCGGAAGCAGCUCUCAGCUUCCACCUUAUCUGGCCCGAAUUGCCCGACUAAGGCGACAGGGUCCCAUGUGUUCAGGAUCAGCGACUACUCGCAAGUAAGGGACAACGUGGGCAAUGGCACGGCCGUCCAGUCAAGCACGUUCGCCGUCGGCGGCCACGACUGGCAAAUAAGGUGCUACCCGAACCACCCGAACGGCGAGGACAAGGAGAACGAGGAUUGGAUCUCCGUUUACCUCCGACGACACGCCACGGCCUGGGGCUGGGCGAACUUCAUCAAGCCCGCAAACGCGACGGCUAAGUUCGAGAUGAGCAUACUCGACCAGGACGGUAAGCUAGUGCACAGAGGAGGUGGAUCCAAAGACCAACGGUGCGUCUUCUCCUCAUCGACCGGCAUGGGGUGGGGCUACAGAAAGUUCAUCAAGCACGCGGAUCUGCAAGAGGGAAAGCAUCUCAAGGGUGAUUCCCUCACGCUCUUAUGCGAUGUCACUGUCGACCUUGGGCUUGAAUUUGAUGGCGCCACCGUGCCGGUGCCGGAAACUGCAGCAGUUGCACCGCCGCCGCCGUCGUUCGAGUUGCGUGGGGACACCGCCGAGCUACGGAUCGACGACAUGGACGCCAACGUGUGCAAGGCUCUGCUCCAGUUCAUCUACACGGACUCAGCGCCGGAGAUGGACCAGCUUGAUCAGGCGAUGGCGGAGCGGCUUCUCGCAGCGGCGGACACGUAUAAGCUGGAGAAGCUGAAGAAGAUCUGCGAGGAGGCACUAUGCAAGAACAUCAACAUGGGAUCUGUGGCGGCAAAUCUAAUGUUGGCCGAGCGUCAUGGUUGCCCCCUGCUCAAGGAAGCGUGCUUACAGUUGCUCUGCGCUCCGGGUAACCUGGAAGCAGUCAUGGCGACAGAUGAUUAUGAGCAGCUCUUGGCGGAAUGCGCCUCUGCUCUUCUCGAAGUCGUCGUGAAGAAGAUAGCCGGACAGCAGCAAUAG